AUGGACCCCAACGGCCCCGUCACUCUCCGUACCUCCAAGUUCAUCACGAACCGCCUGCUGCAGCGCAAGCAGUUCGUGGUGACGAUCACCCACCCCACGCGCGCCAACCUCUCGCGUGACGAGGUUGCCGAGCGCCUUGCCCAGCUCUACAAGUCGGAGAAGGAGCGUGUUGUCGUCUUCGGCCUCCGCGCCAAGUUCGGUGGUGGUGUCUCGACUGGCUUCGGUCUUGUCUACGACGACGAGGAGGCCCAGCGCAAGUUUGAGCCCAAGUACCGCCUCAUUCGCAAGGGCAUGGCCGAGAAGGUCCAGAAGCCCUCGCGCAAGCUGCGCAAGGAGCGCAAGAACCGUGCCAAGAAGUUCCGCGGCGUCAAGAAGAUCGGUGCUUCUGCCGCCAAGAAGUAA